CACACACACACACACAGACGCAUGCUUGGAAGUCUCCCGUGUGCACUCUAGUUGGGCCCAGCGGAGAGGAGCGGCAGGUGGGUGCUCUGGUGCUGUUGUCAGGAGCCGAGGGAAGGAAGGCAGAACAUCCGGGAUGGCGGGAAAGAGACGAGGCCGAGGCGGCGGCGUGCAGCAUCAACAGGCCCCGCAGAGGCAGAGACGAGGGCCUCCCCAGGCUCUGCGGGAGCCGGCCGCUUUUGCCAAGUCUACCGGUUUUGAAUCAGAGAUCCCUCAUGACAAGUUGACCAUCGCCCAAGCGCGAAGAGGCACACCAGCUCAUCGUCCGGUGAGAGUCUACGCCGAUGGUAUCUUUGAUCUUUUCCAUUCUGGGCAUGCUCGAGCCCUGAUGCAGGCAAAAAACGUUUUCCCAAACACCUACCUGAUAGUAGGAGUCUGCAGUGACGAACUCACCCACAAGUUCAAGGGCGACACGGUGAUGACCGAGGACGAGCGCUACGACGCCCUGAGGCACUGCCGCUACGUGGACGAGGUGGUGCGCGACGCCCCCUGGUCCCUUUCCACAGAGUUCCUCGGGAAGCACAAGAUCGACUUCGUGGCCCACGAUGACAUCCCGUAUACCACGGCUGGAUCGCAGGACGUGUAUAAGCACAUCAAGGAAGCAGGGAUGUUCGUGGCCACCGAGAGGACAGAAGGCAUCUCCACCUCCGAUCUGAUCACCCGUAUCGUCCGAGACUACGACAUCUACGUUCGACGCAACCUGCAGAGAGGCUACACGGCGCGAGAACUCAACGUCGGAUACAUUAAUGAGAAGAAAUACCUGCUCCAGGAACAGGUGGACAAGAUGAAAGAGACGGUCCGUACGGUGGAGGAAAAGUCCAAACACUUCGUCUACAAGGUGGAGGAGAAGAGCCAAGACCUCAUCCACAAGUGGGAGGAAAAGUCGAGAGAAUUCAUCAGAAACUUCCUGGAGCUUUUCGGACCGGAUGGCGCCUGGCAUACCAUUCAGGAGCGCAGCGGGCGCAUGAUCCAGGCCCUGUCCCCGUACUCGUCGCCCCGAGGCUCCCCGAGCAGCAGUCCCACCAGGAGACGCUCGGUUUCUCCCGGCUCCUCGCCUUCCUCUUCAUCCCCCUCCUCUCUCUCCCCUCCUUCCUCCCCCUCCUCAAAGAAAAAGGCCACGCCAGCCUCUCACAAAGCGGCCUCCGCGUACAAUGAGCAGUGAGCUCAGUUCUUCUUCGUUGGUCUUCAAACAGCCUGACGCUCAUUAAUCUGGAUAUUGUGUCUCAGGAGGCUGUUAAUCGAAACCAACAAAUAAAAAAGUCAUACUCUGGUUUAUUGUGCAAUAUAUCAUAAUGCACAAUAAAUAACAUUCAAAUGUUGCUUGCUUAAUCUUCUGUCAUGUGUUACUCUUUGAAAUGUCGAGUACGUACAUUAAUAGAUAAUACAUAUGUAUGACAUAGGAGUCUGUAAUAGAAUACGUGAUAUUUAUUUCAGACAGUGAUAAUCAACACAAAUAUCCCUGUAACUUAAUGUAUUUCAUGGUUACACGCUUCUUGCAAGUUUGGGAGGUGGCUCAAGAUAAUUUAUAUAGUUAAAAAUGCUUCUUUUUGGGAUCCUUUGAAUCAUUUAUUUGUAUUUAUUACAAUGUGAAUACAUUAUGAAAGGCAUAAACUUGACUCAGCAGCAACUCUUGGUUUUACAAAAUUGUACAGCUCAUUUUUUUGCCGUCUGAUCAGCAAAUUUACUGAAAGAAAAAAAGAAAAGUUGCUCAAUAACUGCUGGACAUAUUCACCAUAUUAAAAUGAAAGGAAAAGAACAAUGUGGCGAUGUUGUGUUCGUAUGAUUCCUUAUGAAUUAUAAUGUGUGAGAAAACAAUGUUUAAUAUAUAUGUUUAAUUAUAAUGAGUUUACAUGUUGGAGGGUCAAGACAAAUAAAUAACUCUGUAUGGAUUAUGCAAUAUCAAA